CAUCCAGCACCAGCUGCCCGUCAGCGGAUACAGCACCCCCACACCUGCCACGGUCGAGACGCAGAGCACCAGCUCAGAGGAGAUCGUGCCCAGCCCCCCCUCGCCCCCACCCCUGCCCCGCAUCUACAAGCCCUGCUUCGUCUGCCAGGACAAGUCCUCGGGGUACCACUACGGGGUGAGCGCCUGCGAGGGCUGCAAGGGCUUCUUCCGCCGCAGCAUCCAGAAGAACAUGGUGUACACGUGCCACCGGGACAAGAACUGCAUCAUCAACAAGGUGACGCGCAACCGGUGCCAGUACUGCCGCCUCCAGAAGUGCUUUGAAGUCGGCAUGUCCAAGGAGUCCGUCCGCAAUGACCGGAACAAGAAGAAGAAGGACGUGCCCAAGCCGGAGUGCUCAGAGAGCUACAUCAUCACCCCCGAGGUGGAGGAGCUCAUCGAGAAGGUGCGCAAAGCCCACCAGGAGACCUUCCCUGCCCUCUGCCAGCUUGGCAAAUACACUACGAACAACAGCUCGGAGCAGCGGGUCUCCCUGGACAUUGACCUGUGGGACAAGUUCAGCGAAUUGUCCACCAAGUGCAUCAUCAAGACGGUGGAGUUCGCCAAGCAGCUCCCCGGCUUCACCACGCUCACCAUCGCCGACCAGAUCACCCUCCUCAAAGCCGCCUGCCUCGACAUCCUGAUCCUGCGGAUCUGCACGCGCUACACGCCGGAGCAGGACACCAUGACCUUCUCGGACGGGCUGACGCUGAACCGCACGCAGAUGCACAACGCCGGCUUCGGGCCCCUCACCGACCUGGUCUUCGCCUUCGCCAACCAGCUGCUGCCGCUGGAGAUGGACGACGCCGAGACGGGGCUGCUCAGCGCCAUCUGCCUCAUCUGCGGAGACCGCCAGGACCUGGAGCAGCCCGACAAAGUGGACAAGCUGCAGGAGCCGCUGCUGGAGGCGCUGAAGAUCUACGUGAGGAAGAGGAGGCCCAACAAGCCCCACAUGUUUCCCAAGAUGCUCAUGAAGAUCACAGAUCUCCGCAGCAUCAGCGCCAAGGGUGCCGAGCGGGUGAUCACGCUGAAGAUGGAGAUCCCGGGAUCGAUGCCGCCCCUCAUCCAGGAGAUGCUGGAGAACUCGGAGGGCAUGGACACGCUGGGGGGGCAGCCGGGUGGCCCCCGCGGGAGCAGUCUGGGACCCCCCCCGGGCAGCUGCAGCCCCAGCCUCUCGCCCAGCUCCAACCGCAGCAGCCCGGCCACGCAUUCGCCGUGACCCGCGCCCGGCGCGCACCAGGACAGAGCCCGGCACGUGGCAGGGGGGGGCACCCCGUGCCUCGACCCUGGCUGCAGCCCCCACUGGGGCGGACUCCUCGGCAGCCCCCCCGUCUGCGCAGCCCCGGGACACCCCCCGCCGGA